GAAAACUCCAAGGCGGACGCCGCCGAUUAUAAAUCGUCUCAUUCUCACUUUCGUCUGCAUUGCUCACGGAUGUCUAGUCGACAGAAAGUAUGGCUCAUCACUGAUCGAUUGAAAGGAACAUCGUCUGGGUUCGGUGAAGCUUUGGUGAAGAUCCUCCUUGCACGUGGCGACCGCGUCGUUGCAAGUGCUCGGAAUCUCUCCAAAAUACAACAUUUUUCUUCCCACCCUGACUCCCAUAGUAACCUCCGCCUUCUUCAAUUAGACAUUCUCUCCCCGGAAGACACCCUCAAAGCCGCAGUCGCGACUGCAGUCGGAUUUUGGGGCCACAUUGAUGCGCUCGUUAACAACGCGGGCAGUGGACAGAAAGGCAUUCUCGAAGAAACGGGGACGAGUGAACUAUUGUCGCAGUUUCGGACCAAUCUGUUCGCCCCGAUUGAGAUGACGCUUGCCGUUCUGCCUUACAUGCGCGCCAGGAGAUCCGGAACAAUCGUGAUGAUUGGGAGCCGAAGUAGUUGGAAGCCAGAGCAGUCUGGAAUUGGCAUGUACGCCUCAUCGAAAGCCGCUCUUCGGACCUACAGCGAGACUCUAGCGCAUGAAAUUGCUCCGUUUUCCAUUCGGAUGCUCAUCGCAGAACCAGCUGCAUUCCGCACCAACACAUUCAACAAUUCACCAUACUUUGUGGACCGAACUAUAUCAGAUUACGACGAAAUUCGUGCCAAGUCGCAGGAUUGGUACUCCUUAAUGCACAAGACCAUCAAAGGCGAUCCGGUAAAGGCUAUGGAAGUCAUUGCAGACGUCGUCCGAGGAGAAGGCAAAGCAGCGGGCAAGCCAUGGCCGCUCUACCUGCCAUUGGGAGAUCUCGCGGUGUCAGGAAUCACGGAUAAGUGUAACACGAUGCUCACAACUGUGGAAGAGUGGAAGGAUGUAUCAAGUGGGCUGGAUAUGGACAUAUUAUGA